CAAAAAUGGAGUUACCAAAGCCCGCAUUUUCCUUCAAUCCUCUCUCCUCACUCCCAACAUUCAUCAAUCACCAUUCCCACCGACUUGGUACGGAGCUUUCAAGCCGAAUCGACGAAACCAAGCGGCUCGCCGGAUCCCUAGCCGGAAACUUCUCACCGUUUCCGGCUGUUAACUGGCUUCAGCGUCCCGCUUUUCGGCCUCCCUUCGCUUCACUUGCACAGCCGAAGCAAGCUGCCGUCGCAACACUCAGCUCGGAGCAAGUUGCCAAAGCCCUUGCUGGCACUCCCGUAUACACCGUGAGUAACUCGAAUAAUGAGUUCGUGCUCGUGUCGGAUCCCAAUGGAGUCAAAUCCAUCAGUUUGCUUUGCUUUCGACAAGAGGAUGCGGAGGCCUUUCUUGCUCAGGUUCGGUUGCGAAGGAGAGAAUUGAGGAGUAAUGCUAAGGUUGUUCCCGUUAGUCUUGACCAGGUAUACUCGUUGAAGGUUGAAGGUAUUGCAUUUCGUUUCCUGCCUGAUCCUGUUCAAAUAAAGAAUGCAUUGGAGCUGAAAUCUGCAGAUAUCAAUAGUGGGUUUGAUGGAGUUCCUGUUUUUCAGUCAGAUCUUCUGGUAGUGAAGAAGAAAAAUAAGCGUUACUGCCCAGUAUAUUUCAAUAAGGAAGAUAUAGAAAAGGAACUCUUGAAGUCCUCAAGGGUAUCAAGAGGACUGGGUGUUUCACAGCAUAUUAUGGUUGGAAGUCUAGAAGGUCUGAGAAAAAUGGAGAUGAGUGAGAGGAACUCAGGUUGGGGAGAUCUGAUUUUUAUUCCGCCUGGUAAAAGUCACUCCCAGCACAUCCAAGAGGUGGUCAAAGGAUGAGAUCAUGGAUAUAUUGCUUCUACUGAUGAUGUGGAGCUUCAGAAGACAGUGAAUAUCUUUUUUUUUUCUGCUUCCGAUCUCCAUGGUAAAGCAGGUCAGUCAUCAACACUAAAUGAUAAAUUACCUGCUUGUUGACACCCUUUCUCUCUCGCAAUGGAGAAAGAUUUUGGAAAGUAACAGCCUGUAUGGUAACUUGAUGAGGAUGAAUACAUUUUUAUUGAAAUUAAUACAAGAUAAAUGGCUCGCAUUUAAGUGGAA